AGAUUUUUUUCAAGCGUUCUAAUUGGCUCCUUUAACUUAAGCUACACACAAACACACACACACAUCUUUAUUCUUUUCACGCACAAAGAUGCCCGCGAAGCAGAAGAAAGGACGCGGCAAGACAGUGAAUCUGACGGAGUUUAACGAGGACUUUAUCCCGGAGACCGCGCUUGACUGGGCCGAGGAUGACUGGGUCACCGAUGAGCAGAAGGGUGAGGCCAAGCUUUCCGAGAAAAUCGCGAAGCAGCGUCAGGAGUACAGUCGCGUGGCGAACAACACACUAGGCGAGCAGGAGAGCUUCCGCACGGCAACCGCCUCGCAGCCGCAGAAGUUCACCAUCGAGGACCUGCAGCCACCGUUUGUGGCGCAUUUCGGUAACCUGCGCAACGGCACGACAGAGGAGGACUUCCUCGCACUCUUCAGCCGCAACGCCAUCGUGACGCAUCGCCUCAUCAACCAAGAUGGCAAGUCGUUCGCCUUUGUCGAGUUCAGCACCGCGCAGGCGCUGACCGUCGCCCUCUCCUUAGACCAGACCUUUCAGCGAGGACGUCGCAUGUACGUCGAUCUCGCCACCGCGAAGCAGGUGGAGCGGCUGCUGAACCGCGGCACCAACGAGCGCGCCGGCCUGACGCGCGACGGGGCCGGUCAGCAGCAGCCCGGCGGUCUCGCCGCGAUGGGUCUCUCGCGCGACGUUUUUGGCGGACCGCAGCCGGAGGACCACCCCGGCAUGACGUCGAUGGGCAGCCGCUCCAAUUUCGGUUCCCGCGCCGACCUGCACAGCCUCGGCGAGCUCUCGCGCAACAUGCUUGGCUCGGCGGUGCAGCAGGCAUCCCCGACGUCGGCCAGCCCCCUCGGCGGCGGCUCGCCUGUCAACUUCGGCUCGUGGCGUAACGACGGCCCGGAGCAGCAGCCGGAGUUCGCCGCGCCGCCCGAGAACAACCGUAGCGAGGAGGCUCUCGACCGUCGCAACAUGGGAGCUGCCAACCUGCGCCGCAGCAGCAGCGCCGUGGGCUCCCCCCCUGCAGCGGUGCCGGAGCCGAAAGCCAACCCGUUUGGGGGUGACAUGGGCAACUGGCGCGAUGCGCCGCGUGCUGAGGCACCGAAGAUGGAGGAGCCCGUGAAGGAGGCGGAGGAGCACAAGGAGGAGGGCGAGGAGGCGAGCAAGGAGGCCGGCGGUGCGAGCCUGGGCAGCCCUGCCAACAACGGUCGCGGU